AUGGCAGGAAAAAAAGUCAAAUCUAACACACCAAAACAAGACUUAUCUGUCUCUAAAUCAAAGCUCACCAGCAUUAAAGCCCCAGCUGCUGCCAUCAAAGCUAAAGCUGCCGCUUCUGCUGUCAAAAAGGGUGUCUCAAACAAAUCUACCCGUAAGGUCAGAACCUCUGUCAUCUUCAGACGUCCAGUUACUUUAAACAACCCAAAGAAACCAGCUUACCCAAGAAGAUCAGUCAACAAAAUCACCAAAAUGGAUCAAUUCAGAAUCUUAAAAGCACCAUUAACCACUGAAUCUGCCACCCAAAAAAUCGAAGGUAGCAACACCAUCACUUUUAUGGUUGAUAUGUUUGCCAACAAAUCACAAGUUGCUGAUGCCGUCGCUAAAAUGUAUGAUGUCAAAGUCAAGAGAGUUAACACUUUAAUUACCCCACGUGGUGAAAAGAAAGCUUUUGUCACUUUAUCACCAGAAUUCGAAGCUGCUGAUGUUGCCAACAAAAUCGGUUUAAUCUAA